AAAGUUAUCAUACUCCGUACAAAUGUCCGAUCUUCUGAGCAUGCGUUUGUCCUAACGUCUGACUAACCAUUGACCGUGCUUUGUUAUCCAUUAAUUUCGUCCCCGUCAUAUGUAUAUGGUCGCUUACUCACCCUUAUUCUUAACCUGAUUUCGCAAUCGCAUUACUCCUUUGUGCCAUGUCGAACUUACCAUCUCAUGCCUCGCCGACAUUCACGGCGCAGGCCUCUUCUUCUCAUCAAGCUGUCGAUGAUAUACCUCUGGACUCAACCUCCGUGGCUCCAACGUCAUUGAACAACAGAAUAGGCGAGCUCCGUGGUGAUGCUGCAAAUCAAACUGACGCCACAGAGCACACCCGAGGCGAUAUUACCCCCGCAGUGCCCGCUUCUCUUCUCUCCCCUUCCUUCACACCUCCAGCGACACCAGGUGGCACGAUAAACCAAGCGCAACUACUUCAGCAGACUCAACAACCCACGCACACUAAACCCCCUAAGCUCCUCUCCUGCCUUCCAAAUGUUGAGUGUAUUGUUCGCGCACGAAUCCCAACCACCAAUGGAGCUGAGAUGUUCCUUCACCUCUACCACAAUGACUUAGACAACAAAGAGCAUUUAGCAAUUGUAUUCGGAAACAGUAUUCGAUCCCGAAGUUUGGAUGCAGUCCGUCCGGGGGAGACGGAAAUGGACCGAAUGAUCCGUGGGGCAUACAUCGGUACCCUCCGUCCCGGCCGAGUGAGCAGUUGGUAUGAUAGUUCCACAAAUACCGAGAGCACUUCUAGUGGACAAGAGCGGAGCACCCCAGGUGCCCCUGUUUCAUCACAGACACCAGAGUUAGCGCAGAGUAACACAAACCAAGCACCGCUGGUUAGAAUCCAUUCGGAAUGUUACACCGGCGAAACGGCAUGGUCCGCACGCUGUGAUUGUGGUGAACAGCUCGACGAGGCGGCACGCUUGAUGUCUCUCCCGAUGGAAACUUUGAAUGAGGUGGCGUCCCAGCAAGAAUUAUCUGUACCUUCGAAUGCAUCUGGAGGCGUGAUCAUUUACCUCCGCCAGGAAGGCCGCGGGAUCGGCCUAGGAGAAAAGCUUAAAGCGUAUAAUCUUCAAGACCUUGGAUCAGAUACCGUUGAAGCCAAUUUACUCCUUCGACAUCCUGCAGAUGCCAGAAGCUAUGGCCUUGCCACAGCGAUGCUGGCGGAUCUUGGCCUAGGUGUCGAUUCCAACCCACAUGGAAUCCGCCUCCUUACAAACAACCCUGACAAGAUCCGAGCGGUCGAGGGACCGAACCGGGAAGUUGUUGUGAAGGAAAGAGUACCGAUGGUUCCCUUGGCCUGGCGAACAGGCGGAAAGAUGGGAAUUACGAGCUCUGAAGUCGAGGGUUACUUGCGGACAAAGAUCUCGAAGAUGGGUCACAUGCUCCAAUAAAUUAUCCAAUCCCAACCUUUUCUUGCUUUUAUGUCUUACACGAUUUUCCCGAUGAGUUUUACGUGGAGGUGCUGUCGCUUCGAUGCUUUCCUGCUUUUUGCUGUAUAAAGGGGCUCUUGUAUGCUUGCUUGUCUUAUCUACGGUGCUG